UUAAUUUCCCACGGUCAUACUGGCUGCUCCGAAGUUUGACAGCCGAGUGCCCGUUCCGCGUUCCACUUCCACGUCACGAACCGUCAAUCGAGAAAGCAGUCGUCGCUCUUUUGCUCACAGAAAUAACUAAUAUCCAAUAUGUUCAAACAAAUCCUCGCCCUGUGCGCGCUGUUUGCGGUGUUUAGCGUUUGCUUGUCCGAGGACGAGACACGUGCCCGCCUUCUGGUGUCAAAGCAGAUUCUGAACAAAUACCUGGUGGAAAAGAGCGACCUGCUGGUGCGCUAUACCAUCUUCAAUGUGGGCAAUGGUGCUGCCACCAACGUCGCUCUGGUAGAUAAUGGCUUCCAUCCGGAGGCAUUCGAGGUGGUUGGUGGCCAGCCCACCGCGACCGUGGAGCGGAUUGCCCCCCAGACCAACUUCACCCAUGUUGUGGUGGUGCGCCCCAAGGCCUUCGGCUACUUCAACUUCACAGCCGCCGAGGUGUCUUACAAGCCCGUCGAGGAAGCUGAGGCGCUCCAACUGGCCAUCAGCUCGGAGCCCGGUGAGGGUGGCAUUGUCAACCUUAACGAGUACAACAAGCGCUUCUCAUCCCACUUCUUCGACUGGGUGGCCUUCGCCGUCAUGACCCUGCCUUCCCUGGCCAUCCCCCUUGGCCUGUGGCACCAGUCCAAGAGCAAAUACGAACGCGCUGGCAAGAACAAGAAGCACUAAGCCUGGACGCUAGUCUCUUGUAUUGAACAACAUUUAAAGAGAUUUUUUUUUGAACACCCAUUACAAUUCCGUACUAUAUUGUUGCUUUAACCUCCAAUCGAUUCCAUUUGCAUGCGCUUAUCCAUCCUACCAC